AUGACAAGUUCUUCGAUUGUAAUCAAUUACACUAAUAUUUAUCCAGCACCAGUAGCAAGUCCAAAUGCAGCAGCUCAGUUGUAUGGUGUAAACCUGCUGAUGAAUGGAGAUGGUGAAACAGGUCCGUGUGCUCUGUCAACUACUGUAACACCUCCGACUCUAUGGUCAUAUGUUGACAUAAUCACACAAAUAGCAUACAACAAUUCUGAAUAUAGUGCUUUAACUCCAACUACACCAGGUCCUAGUAAUCGUGGAAAAUGUUACUUUUGUGGCAUGUCCAGUCCUCUUACAACUAUGUCACAAUCUAUCGACUUGUCUCCAUAUAUGACAGCCAUUGAUAGUGGUAAUGUUUCAUUUCAUUUGUCAGCUUGGUUAGGUGGUUGGACCAAUCAGAAUGAUUCAGCUGAAGUUUCAGUUGAUUUUCUCAAUUAUGCCUAUCAAUCUGUUGGUCAUCGUACAACGCUUGGUCCUGUUCUAGCUGCAGAUCGUGACUUUACAACAUCAUUAAUUUUUCGUCAAACUUCGGGUAUGAUACCGAUAAACACUCGAUACAUGACUGUGAUCAUCACUUUGACGUGA